AUGGCAGCGUCGUCUUCACUGCCCGAUCUGCCACCCAAUUACCUCAAGGCCCUUGAGCUGAUCGACGAGGCCCACAAGCAAGACCCCAGACCAUCGUCCGUUGAGUCGGUCCCUUUUGAGCUUCACUAUGCCCAGAAGAUGACGCGCUGGCUCGCCGUGAGGUGUCCGGCGGCCCCUCCGGUCCUGCAACUGGCCUGCCGAGCCCAGCAUUUCAAGAGAUGGGAAAUCCCCCGCAACUCAUACCCAAUGACCCGUCCGGGCUACCUCACCUGGCGCGCGAAGCUCAAGUCUCAAGCCGCCGCCCAAGUGGCUGAGCUCAUCUCCUCAUCACCCGACAUCCAGCCGGCCAUCCCCCAAGAGGACGUCGACCGCGUGGCGGCGCUCAUCCGCAAGGAGAACCUCAGCAAGGACGAGGAGACGCAAGUGCUUGAAGACGUGGCGUGCCUCGUUUUCCUCGACGAUCACUUUGACGACUUUGAGAGCAAGGAGGAGGUUGACGAGGACAAGAUUAUUGGCAUCCUGCGCAAGACGUGGGCCAAGAUGAGCGAGGAAGGGCACGCGCUGGCGUUGAAGAUGAAUCACAGCGAGAGGGCAUUGAGUCUCAUUGGGAAGGCUUUGGCGGGGUGA